AUGAGUGGUGGAAGCAGUAGGAUGAUGAAUCCUGUGAAGAUUGUGAUCAUCAACACACAAUAUGUAGAAACUGAUGCUACAAGUUUCAAAUUUGUUGUUCAGAAACUCACUGGUAAAGAAUCUGAUGCAGAAGCAAAAGUUGAAAAAUCUCAGAAGAAGAAGCAUAAUCAAAGUGGGGGUGGCUCUUUUCAUAUGAGUGAUGUGUCGUUUAAGGAGUUUGAUAGACUUCUUAAUGAUAUGCCACUUAUUAAUGAGAUUUGGUCUGAUAAUCUGAUUAAUUAA